AUGUCCACCACAAAGCAGGCAAAAUCUGCGUCCGCGACAGAGCAGGCAAAAUCUGCGCGCGCCUUAUAUCCACGCGCACCUUAUGUCAGCCACAAAGCAGGCAAAAUCUCUUAUGUCCACCACAAAGCAGGCAAAAUCCGCACCUUAUGUCCACCACAAAGCAGGCGAAAUCUGCGCGCACCUUAUGUCCACCACAAAGCAAUAACUGUUUUCCAUUUUCUGGAAAGAAGAACUUCUUUCGGCCAACGUGUUGGACACAAACUUCACCUCCUUCCUCCAACGGACACCAGCUGUGAGUUUGGCAAAAACAUUCAGUUGCUGGUUGAGGUGAUCGCCCUUCUGGCGACGCUUGUGUUUUCCUGCCCGAACUUGGACUGGAGCCCGAUCGACCACCUGGAGACGUUCGCCGGGCAGUGCGCCGUGACAAAGGCAGAAUGGCAGGCUGGACGCAAGGCGGUCCCUUUCGAGAUCUUGGUGGGGGGCGAUUGCAUGGACUUCUGCUCUCCGGCGGGCUUCGCCAACGCAGUGUACCAGACACUGCGAACCUCUCCUGGGGGAGGGGCGCUUCACGCGCCCGUUUGCAGCACUUGGGUGUUCAUGUCGAGGGGAUCGACUCUCAGGUCGCCCACAAGGCCACUUGGCCGCGGCGACAGCCAGAAAGUGGCCGACGGCAAUCUGCACGUGGCUCGCUGCGCGGUGCUUUGCAUUCUCGCUGCUGCCAAGGGCAUCUUCUGGCUUCUGGAGCAGCCGUCGACUUCGAUCAUGGAGACCCACCCAUCCUUCCAGAAGAUGCUCAAGAUUCUACACGUGCGGAAGCUCAUCUUCGACAUGAAGGACUUCGGAGCAAACACCCAGAAGCGGACCAUACUGUACAGCAGCCACGAAGAGGUGGACGACCUCCUGCUGCACAAGCAUCCUCGCAAGCGGUGCCACUCAAAGGAGAUGGUUAUCCGCUACACGGACUCCAGUGGAAAAUCGCGUUGCAAAGGAGGACGGGAUCUCAAAAUGAGCCAGACCUAUCCUCGGGAGUUUGGGCACGCCCUGUCAGCUGUCCGCACCAAGAACUUGAAGAAAAUCAAAGCCAAGGCGAAGAAGUUCCUGCGAGACGCCAAGGUGAAGGGUGGCGAAGUUGACAGGAACCGACGCUCCAACGCCCACUGGGUCAAGCAUGCCAAGCUGAUGCCAGUGUUUGAGUAUCUCGCCGGACGGUGA